AUCGUAUUUACUAACUUUACGGCAAACUUGAUGACGUUUUACACAGCUACCAGUUCAAUUUCUUUUUUUUCUGGAAUAGCGCAUCAAAAUUAUAGAGAUAUUACAUGCUUUGAUUGAAAGAUUCUACACCAGCGGGAAUUGGAAUAGGAUUGCAUAUGGAAUAAGAGAUAUACUGUAUGGUAUACUGAAUGAAGUGUAUUGUUCAAAAGAUAUUGGUUUUGAGGACUGAGUAUUGAGUUAGGCUACGAUGCUAUGAUGCAAAGUGAAAGUUAAUGCAGAUGGCAACAUGGAAAGCGUGUUACUGUAUAGAACCGGAAAUCUGAAGUCUUUCAUGCUAAAAUGGAUAUUACUUAACUUAUUCAUCACAGGCUGCUUGUGUCAGAUAUGCGAUCAGAAUGCGGAAACAACCUCUCCAGAAAUGCUUAAGCCAUUUCUAUUCCCAACAGCCGUACCUCGCGGUAAGAUUAAUGCUGGGUAUUAUGAGGAAGACAUAAAGGCGAUGGACCAGGCCGAAUGUUUGAUCAGCUGCUGUGAUAAACCCCUGUGUAACAUUGCAUGGUAUUCCAUGGAUAAAUGCUUUACCAUCGAGUGUUUUGAGCAGGAUGAAUCCGCGUGCGAACCUGUUGCUCAGUCUUCGGCAAAAUAUAACACUACUUUGUUUAUUCAAGUACGACCUCUAAAUAUAACAAGAUAUACACCAGAAUGUAGCUUGUUGAAGAAUGAUUGUGGAGACCAUCAGCAUUGUAUACUCAAUUCAAACAAGGUACCAAGGUGUAAAUGCACAUUGGGCUAUGAGAGGAAAAGUUCCCAUUCCAAAACCUGCAUUCCAGCUGAAGCUGAUGAUACAUCUAGCUCAGGAAUCACAAAUAAAAAGCCAGAUUUAAAAGACUGUAGAGCCGGCAUUACGCAAUGCGAUAAACACCAAGAAUGUGUCCCAUGGGAUCAAACAAGCAACGCAGGUACCUGCAAAUGUGUUCGUGGCUAUGCUGAGGACAUGAGUGGUAAUUGUGUAUUAAUUCAAGAUUGUGAAUUUGGUGUGACACACUGUGCAAACCACCGAGAAUGUGUUUUACAAAAUUCGCGUUCAAACUCGGGUACAUGUGAUUGUGUACCUGGUUAUACUGAAGAUAAAAACGGAGAUUGUGUUUUAAUUGGAGAUUGUGAGUUUGGAGUUACUAACUGUGGUGUAAACAGAGAAUGUGUUCACAAUGGAGAACAUUCUAAAUCAGGAACGUGUCAGUGUUCCAGUGGAUUUAUUGAGAAUGAGGAUAGUGACUGUGUGACGGAUGAUAGAGAUAAAACUACAGAAAAGAGUGUUCAACCAGAAGAUGUUGAAGAUGCAUCACCAGCACCAAAUGUUACUCCAAAAAUCCAACCAACAACACAGAAAGUAGAAAUGUUGACAGUAUCUGCAGGGGAUAAUAAAGAGGUCCAGUUACCAAAGAAUGAAGUCACAUUAACAGCAUUUGCUUUACCUCAAGCUAAAGGUGAGGAGUAUCACUAUGAUUGGACAAUGGAAGCUCAUCCAGAGGCAGAGGAAUACGGACACAUGGAUGGCAGGAAUACAAAUACACUUAAACUUGAUAAGUUGAUCGCUGGGGUCUAUACAUUCCGCAUACAGGUCACCGGGGAAAACAAGUUUGGGGAAGCUAGAGUCAAUGUUACUGUCGUACCACGUAAGUAUCUUGUUUUUGUAGACAAAUGCUAUAAAUAACCAAUUGUUGAUUUU